CGUCUUGUUUUUAUCCAGAAUGCAUUGCGAAAAGGAAUGAAACAACAUAUGUCUAUGAAGCAGAGUUGAUUCGCAUUGCCUGGGAUCUGUUGAUGGGGGAUAUUCUUCCACUGAUGACAUCACUAUCUAUAAAGCCAUCAAAAAUCAUGUGUCACAUGAGAAUUCCACCGGCGUUAUACCAACGAAGAUGCACUGUGGGCCUAUUACAAGAUAUUAUGAUGAGUUCUUUCCUAAAAAAGGAGAGAAAUCGCAAAGAUUUCUGUGGGGAACUUCGGAAGAACGGGUUUCUUCGUGCUGCACGCUCGACUUUCCUUGAUUAUGGAAUGAGUCUAAGUGAGCUGAUGAGCAUCAUGUCUUGUAUCGGAGAUGACGAGAUGAAACAGGUUUCUGAACAUAUUGACCUCAGCGAAGAAGAUGUUAAACGAUGUCAAGACGAGGAAGGAAAUACAGACAGAUUAAAACUCAUGAAACUAUGGAGGCAGCAAAUCCGACCUGUGUCUUACCACUUUCGCUUAGAGAUCGGUGUUAUUUUAAGAAAAGCUGGGAUAAAGAGCCUCCGUGAGAAGGUCUUGUCAGGUUACUUUCGAACAAGGAAACCUCAUCCGCUCGUUGUGCAAGAUAUAUGCACCAAUAUAUCUGGUGAAAAGAUGGCAAUUUUGUGUGGCUUGUUGGAAUUAGAAAAGAAGAGGAACCGCAGUGAACUAAAUUCAUGUAUCUAUGGCUGGUUGAACGAUUGGAUGGAAGCUUCCGAUCCUAAGAACGAGAUCGGCAUGACAAAUCGACGAGACUUCAAUGACACAUUGUUCAGGAAUGGAUUCUACCAACUUGCUGUGGAAAUAAUGGCUUUAGAAAAUAAUGGUUAGGGUCAUGACAGAUUACAUUUGAGCAAUAAAUACACAAAGCCUCGUAUAAUUGUAUCUUCUUGUCACUUUAUACAA